AUGGCACAGAAAGGAGAUCGACUGGACCAAGAAACCUUCUCUUGUUGGAUCUGUUUGGAUCUACUGAAGGAUCCUGUGACUAUUCCCUGUGGACACAGUUACUGCAUGAACUGUAUUAAAAGACACUUUAAUGAAGAGAACAGGAAGGGAAUCCACAGCUGCCCUCAAUGCAGGAAGACUUUCACACCGAGGCCUGUCCUGGAGAAAAACACCAUGUUUACAGAGUUGAUGGAACUGCUGAAGAAGACUGGACUCCAAGCUGCUCCAGCUGAUCACUGCUAUGCUGGACCUGAAGAUCUCCAGGAGAACAUCUGCUCACGUCAUCAAGGCCAUGAAACAGUCCCAGCUGCAUCAGAAAGGACUGAGAAGCAGAAGGAGCUCGAGGUGAGACGACUAAACAUCCAGCAAAGAAUCCAGGACCAAGAGAAAGAUGUGAAGCUGCUUCAACAGGAGGUGGAGGCCAUCAAUGGCUCUGCUGAUAAAGCAGUGGAGGACAGUGAGAAGAUGUUCACUGAGCUGAUCCGUCUGAUCCAGAAAAGAAGCUCUGAUGUGAAGCAGCAGGUCAGAUCCCAGCAGGAAACUGAAGUGAGUCGAGUCAAAGAGCUUCAGGAGAAGCUGGAGCAGGAGAUCAAUGAGCUGAAGAGGAAAGACGCCGAGCUGGAGCAGCUCUCACACACAGAGGAUCACAACCAGUUUCUACACAACUACCCCUCACUGUCAGCACUCAGUGAGUCUACACACUCAUCCAGCAUCAAUAUUGGUCCUCUGAGGUACUUUGAGGAUGUGACAGCAGCUGUGUCAGAGACCAGAGAUAAACUACAGGACAUCCUGAGAGAGGAAUGGACAAACAUCUCACUGACAGUCACUGAAGAGGAUGUUUUACUGUCACCAUCAGAGCCAAAGACCAGAGCUGGAUUCUUAAAAUAUUCUCAAGAAAUCACACUGGAUCCAAACACAGCACACAGAGAGCUGUUAUUAUCUGAGGGGAACAGAAAAGCAAUAUUAAUGAAACAAAAACAGUUUUAUUCUGAUCAUCCAGACAGAUUCACUGAUUAUUAUCAGGUCCUGAGUAGAGAGAGUUUGACUGGACGUUGUUACUGGGAGGUGGAGUGGAGAGGGAGAGCAGUUGAUGUAGCAGUUGCAUACAAGGAUAUCAGAAGAGCAGGAGAGUCAGAUGAAUGUGGAUUUGGAUUCAAUGAAAAGUCUUGGUUGUUGAGUUGUAACACACAAAGUUAUACCGUUUGGUUUAGAAAAAUCAAAACUGUCCUCUCAGGUCCUCAGUCCUCCACAGUAGGAGUGUACCUGGAUCACAGAGCAGGUAUUCUGUCUUUCUACAGCGUCUCUGAAACCAUGACUCUCCUCCACAGAGUCCAGACCACAUUCACUCAGUCACUCUAUGCUGGAGUUGGUCUUUUUAUGGAUCAUGGAGACUCUGCAGAGUUGAUUAAGCUGAAAUAGUCAGAAGUCAUUGAGGGACAGUUGGUUAAAAUGUGUGUUUCAGUUUCUUUGGUCUCCAUCAUUGUUGUGCUGUUUCUUCUCUGCACAGAGAUCACCUGUCAGUCACACUUUAUGGCUGCUACUUUGACAUCUUAUUGUUUGUUGUCCACUUAAUGAUUAAAAUUGUGUAAAGAAAGAAAUCUAUAAUAAUGUUUACAUUAAUCUGAAAUGUUCAGAUCAAAGAAACACUGUUUUACCGAGUUUGUCGAAAAGAUUUUGAGGUCAGAGUGAAACCAGACAGUUUUCUGAAAGUAGAUUCUGCUCGAGCUAAAACAAUUUCUACUGAGUUU